ACACGUGGUGGUAUGGUACUUCUGUGAGACAUUGUAGCAAAGAUUAUCUAUAAUUUCGGAAACAUUUGCGUCAUUGCACGUAUCACCGAAACAUUACUACUAACAAUGGAAGGCUAUCAACCACUCAAAGGAAGUUUAUAUGGAAGUUUUGGCUUUAAAUUGGAUGCUAAAGGAAUCUUAACAGACAAAAGCAUAGUUUACUGUUUCCAUUGCGAACAGAGUUUUUCCUACCAUCGCAGCAAAACAAGCUUGCAAUACCAUUUGCGAAAAAAACAUCCUCUUGUCACUAAAGCUAAACCUAGUGAUGAUGGAGAGUCAGACUCGGAAAUCACAGUGAUCUCUGACAACUCUAACAUGGAUUUCCGAGGGUACCCCUUGUCCAGCAGUCUGGGCCCAAAUUUGAGGAGGAGGGGGGAUCGGGGAGCAGCAGGACUGGUUCUGGAUAGACGCAAGUCUACAGUUUGGAAUUACUAUAUCCAGCUUAAUGAGAUGUAUGUUGAGUGCAAUAUAUGCAAGAGACAGUUGUCUUUUCACAACAGCACUACAACUAUGAGGGAGCACCUUGUCCGCAAACAUAAUAUACGCGACAAUGGGCCACCUGUACUCCAUAACACAGUGGUGUCCGUGGCCCCGAUUCCAGCUACAUCACUUCAGCCCAGAUUCCCCUGCAACAUCUCCACUACAUCUACUACUGCCAACACAUGCAUGUUCCAGACGGAUUUGCAGAUAGUUGUAAAAGAGGAGCAGCAGGAUGCUGACUUAUCUCCUGAACAAGGGACGGCCAAACGUGCACGAUUCACAUGUGCUCCCCCAGAUGUAGGAGGCGGUGCCAAUGCAAACCCUGUCUGCAGCCAAGAUUUGGAACCGUCAAAUUCAAAUACUGGAUUACUAUACAGUGAGAACAACAACUUUGGUGAUAGCAAUCGCAGUGGCACUUAUAUCAAGGAAUCAAAUGAUAAGCGAACUGGGUUCCUGACUGACCUAAUAUUAGAAGUGGUGUACAGGGACUUGCAGCCACUGUCUGUGGUGGAGGAGAAGGGAUUUUGUCUUCUGUUGAGCUGCUUAGAACCACAGUACCCAAUGCCAUCUCCCUCUCAGCUCGGCAGCCUUAUUUGGCAUCGCUAUGAUGUUCUUAAACGGCAACUGCAGCAGUGUCUUCAGUCUGGCCUGGCACCACGUGGCAUAACACUUUGCACUGAAUACUGGCGGUCAGUAGCAGGUUGUGAGGAGGGAGCAUGCGGCCGGCUGUUCUUCACUGUAAGUGCACAUUUUGUUGACAAAGACUGGCGCUUGGCCCGUUGUGUGCUGCAGACCCGUCCCAUGCCCGAUAUCAGAGAGAGGGCUGGUGGAAGAGGGUUCACUCAAUUUGGUGACACCCUAAAGGCUGUUCUCUCUGAAUUCCAUCUCCCCCAGAGCUCUGUUUUCUGUGUUGUGCACGAUGCUCCCAGGACCUUAGAGGCCAGAGGGACUGCGAAUAUGGGACUUCAGAAAGAAAAAGAAAAUCAAAUUGCUGGACCAGGCCAAUCGCCUCAGGAUCUCCCAGAGGGCUGGGUAGUAUUAAAAUGUGCAGGGGAAGCCCUCAAACUCUGCAUCCAGGAAGGACUAUGGAUGGAACCUGUCAGACAGGCUCUUGCUGAGGCCCGCAGGAUUAUUUCACAUUUCCAGCAUGACGCACCUGCUGCUGCCGCUCUAAUCCACAAAGCAGAAGCUGCAUAUAAGGCCGGUGCUUGUCUGGUGCUGGAUGACCCAGGGCGCUGGGCAACUACUGUCGACAUGUGUGAGAGUCUGCUAGGGCUGAAGUGGGUGGUGAGCUCAGUUCUAGAGGAGCAGAAAGCUGCUCCAAAUUUAGCGGACCACCAGUGGCGCCUCCUCCAGGAGCUGGUGCCAGUGCUUAAGACCAUGCGCAUCGCUGCCUCCUUCUUGAGUGAGGACAUAAAUGUGUCCAUCUCCGCCCUUAUGCCGUGCCUCCAUGGUGUAUCCCGUGUCCUAAGGCAACACAUCGCAGAGAGCAGCUGCCCUGUGGCUCAAGGAGUCAUGGAGACAGUGCAGUCAGGAAUGGAGCGACAGUGGAGGCUGGGUGAAGAGGAGGCCUUACUGGACAGCCCUGCUAUCCUCUCCUCAUUCCUGGACCCGAGGUUUAAGGAGCUGCGCUUCCUCAGCCCACAUGCACGUAGUAAGCUGCACGACAAGGUCAAAGAACAGUUAUCUGCUCAAGCGCAAAUAGAGGCGGAGGAAAUAAGCAGAGAGUGUGAUAAAGGAGGUGAUGAUGAGGAGGAUGAAGAGGGAAGGGGAGUGACUAAUAUGGAAUUGAAUAACUCUCAGUCAACAAUCGCUCAUCUGCAGCCCCCUUUCUAUAAUCAAGUGAGCCCUGGGCCCAAAACCAUGUACGACAUACUGCUAGGAGAGGAUCCCACUGAGCGAAUGCCUGAGAUCCACCAACAGCUGGAGAACUACAUUGCAGAGCCGUUGUGCAAACGCAGCCUGUCACCUCUCCACUGGUGGCGCUCUAAGGAGCAUCGCUUCCCUGCCGUGGCCAGACUUGCCCGUACAUUUCUGGCUAUCCCUACUACUGCCGUGGCUGCAGACAGAGCUUUUGCUCCUAGAGAGACUACUGUUGCUCAACGCAGGGCCAUUCUGGGGCCCCAGUGUUUGGAUCAUAUUCUAUUCCUUCACCAGAACAGUGACUAUGUGGAGAAACUGAUGGGAGUGUCUACGGGGCAUGGAGAGAGAGGCAGUGACAGGAAUGGAGCCAAGAAGACAAGAGAGACUCUGUAUCAGUCUUUAGUGUCCUAUGAGAGCAAGACUUGGGUGGGAGGGGAGAAGUUGUGAGCUUGUGGUCAGUCUAUAUACCUUCCUUUAUCAUAGUAAGAACAGAUUUGUGCAUAUGCACACACAACAUAGGCCUGUGAGAAAAGAUCCAUCCAUUCAUGCCUAUGAUUUAGCUGACUUCAACUGAUCUAGGUAAAGAGGUUGAAAGAUCAUCGACAACGCAAACAAAUAAUGCAGCUAUUGGGCUCAAAGCCACACUUGUGUGUUGUCUGUUUUUACAUUGAAAAUAGUGUCUGGCCUACUAGUAGUGUAUGACCUACAUAUCUACAUGUUUUUUUUACAUUUGUAGUCAUUUAGCAGACGCUCUUAUCCAGAGCGACUUACAGUUAGUGAGUGCAUACAU